UCCGGUGGGUGGCUCUUUCUGUUGUUGAGUCACCGGGAACCGAACCGACCGUUACUCGGCUGAGAUAAGCCGACGCUCUCGUUCGAAACUGCGCCCCUACUCCUCCAGAUUUCUUCUCUCGGCCUUACAUUCGUUACAUCCAGAUAUUCUUCUCAACGGGUUUGAAAUGUUACAUUUUCGGUCAACGGUAGCGCUUAAGGAGUUAUUUCAAACGCAGCUGAAGCGUCCAUUGACAGGUAGAGUUGGUGUCAAAGCGUCACCUGCAACCGCCGCCUGCUUCAGCACCCGUGCUUUGGAUGGGAGGUCGCCGGGAGUACGGAGUGCAUUUCCCCCGCAGCCCUUCGCCAGAAGACACGGCUUUAGAAGCUUUUGCUCCAAGAGUGACAGCCACAAUGAAGCCGCCAAGGACUCGACUGAGAAGAGAAGGAAGGCAGGCAUCCUGCCCAGCCUGGAGGACCUGCUCUUCUACACCAUCGCGGAGGGCCAGGAGAAAAUCCCAGCGCACAAGUUCACAACGGCUCUCAAAGCCACGGGGCUACGUACGGGAGACCCUCGGCUGAAAGAAUGCAUGGAGAUGCUGAAGGUCACGGUGAAGACGACGUCCGAUGGAGCACUGGACCGACACCUCUUUAAAAAGUGUGUCCAGAGCAACAUCGUUCUGCUCACCCAGGCCUUCAGGAAGAAGUUUGUCAUCCCAGACUUCCAGUCCUUCUGCGCCCACAUGGACGAGCUCUACGUCAAAGCCAAAAACCUGUCUGGAGGGCAGGUGGCCGACUACAUUCCCCAGCUGGCCCGCUUCAGCCCAGACCUGUGGGCCGUCGCUCUGUGCACCGUCGACGGACAGAGGCACACCGUCGGAGACACCAAGGUUCCUUUCUGUCUCCAGUCCUGUGUGAAGCCGCUGAAAUACGCCAUCGCCGUUCACGACCACGGCACGGAGUACGUGCACCGCUUCAUCGGCAAAGAGCCCAGCGGUCUGCGCUUCAACAAGCUCUUCCUCAACGAGGAAGAUAAACCACACAACCCCAUGGUUAACGCCGGCGCUAUUGUCUGUACCUCCCUCAUCAAGCAAGGGGCCAGCAACGCUGAGAAAUUUGACUAUGUCAUGAACUUCAUGAACAAACUGGCGGGAAACGAGUACGUGGGCUUCAGCAACGCCACUUUCCAGUCGGAGCGAGAGUCUGGAGACAGAAACUUUGCCAUCGGAUACUACCUGAAGGAGAAGAAGUGUUUUCCAGAGGGGACAGACAUGACGUCCAUCCUCGACUUCUACUUCCAGUUGUGCUCCAUUGAGGUGACCUGCGAGAGCGCCAGCGUCAUGGCGGCGACUCUGGCCAACGGCGGCUUCUGUCCAAUCACAGGAGAGCGCGUGCUGAGCCCCGAGUCGGUGCGAGACACUCUGAGUCUGAUGCAUUCCUGCGGCAUGUACGACUUCUCCGGACAGUUCGCUUUCCAUGUCGGCCUGCCGGCUAAAUCUGGUGUCGCCGGUGGCAUUCUGCUGGUUGUUCCCAACGUGAUGGGCAUCAUGUGUUGGUCUCCACCGCUCGACAAGCUGGGCAACAGCGUCAGAGGCAUCCAGUUCUGCACGGACCUGGUUUCCCUCUGUAACUUCCACAACUAUGACAACCUGAGACACUUUGCCAAGAAACUGGAUCCUCGCAGGGAGGGGGGAGACCAGAGGGUGAAGUCUGUGAUCAAUCUGCUGUUUGCUGCUUACACCGGAGAUGUCUCCGCCCUGAGGAGAUUUGCGUUGUCCUCCAUGGACAUGGAGCAGAGGGACUACGACUCCAGGACGGCCCUGCACGUGGCAGCUGCUGAAGGACAUGCUGAGGUAGUUCGCUUCCUGCUGGAGGCCUGUAAAGUCAACCCAGUUCCCAAAGACAGGUGGGGGAACACACCGAUGGACGAAGCAGUCCACUUUGGCCACCACGACGUGGUGACCAUCCUCCGUGAUUACCACACCCAGUACAGCCCUCAGGAAAGCACGGGCGACGACAAGACCAGCGCAGAGAAGAACCUGGACGGGAUGCUCUGAUGGAAAACGCCCUGAGAAAGGAAGGUGGAUGGUCACAUUCUCACUCCCAUCGCAUCUAAAAGGGGCGCUUGGUUAGGGGCCUUUGGCGUAAGUUACUUACUCAAAAAGACUCCUGUAGCGUCACUUUUUGACGUCUGGGUCAGGACCUUUGAAGUCACUUUUUGGCGCUCUGGGUCGGGACCUUUGGCAUCACUAUUUGACGUCUGGGUCGGGACCUUUGGCGUCUCUUUUUGAUGCUCUGGGUCGGGACCUUUGGCGUCUCUUUUUGAUGCUCUGGGUUGGGUCCUUUGGCGUCACUAUUUGACGUCUGGGUCGGGACCUUUGGCGUCACUAUUUGACGUCUGGGUAGGGACCUUUGGCGUCACUUUGACCUCUGGGUUGGGACUUUUGGCGUCUCUUUUUGACACUCUGGGUCGGGACCUUUGGCGUCACUAUUUGACGUCUGGGUCGGGACCUUUGGCGUCACUAUUUGACACUCUGGGUUGGGACCUUUGGAGUCACUUUUUGACGCCUGGGUCGGGUCCUUUGGCGUCACUAUUUGACGUCUGGGUCGGGACCUUUGGCGUCACCAUUUGACGUCUGGGUCGGGACCUUUGGCGUCACUAUUUGACGUCUGGGUCGGGACCUUUGGCGUCACCAUUUGACUCUUCCCCUCUCCUUACGCAUAUUUUCGAUGCGAUGGUUGUGAAGUCUGUCAGAUCAUUGAGCCUGGAUGGCAUAAAAACGUCUUAAAUAGGAAUUCUAUUUAAAAACACACAAGUAGAAAAGAGUUAGGAACAUUUAAACAACCCAAACAGUGUGGGGGAAAAUACCUCACCAGUCCCUUUACACCCAGAACAACCCCCAUCCCUCCAGUGUAAAAGCUCCUCGUCAUGCUAUUUGAUGUUGUUUUUGUAAAAUAUUAAUGUAUACACUUAAAGUACGGAAAAUGUUAUUUAAUUUCUCCUUCUGUAUAUUUGUUAUCAGCUUUAUAGGAAAUAAGUCGUCCAAGUCUGUUAGUUACUUUUCACUGGUUCUUGUAUUAUUCUGAAAAGCUGAAAGCAGGAAGUAGCGGAUGUAACGUGGAGGAGGUUUUUGUACCCUGGUUCCAAAACCUUCCUCACUUCAUCAUCCCAACGGGCUGGAAUGUAUCUCCCUCCAAACACUUUAGGUGUGUUUGUGUGUGUGUAUGAUAUUUAUUUAUUUAAGAUGACGUGUACAUACAUGUAGUGUGUGUGUGUGUGUGUGUGUGUGUGUGUGUAUAUUCCUGAGACGAGGAUAAAUGAGUGUAAAUACAUACAGGUGGGCAUGGGUUGUGGUUCAGUUGAACAGCUUUGAUCACGAGGUAGAUUUCACAAAAACAGGAAAAUGUCAUUAUUUCAAUUUUCAAACAUGGCUUUAAGAUUGAUAUUUAAAUUAAAACUGCUAAAUAUUCAACCUUUUAAAGGGUAACUUUUUUUUUUUAUAACCUAUUUUCCCAUAUCUUUAAGUCUAAGUGACUGAUGGGAACAACAAUCUAGUCGCAAGAUAGCUGCAGUCAGCGAAUCAAGUUACAAUUUAAGUUAAUAGGGCAAUUGUGCCGCUUUAAUUUAUGUCCACGAAAGUGCUCGUUUUGCCGCUGACAGUAACAGAUUAAUAUUCUAAGUGUCUGACAACAUUAUAUAAAAGAUUUCUAAAGAGGUCGACCUCUCUGUUAAAGAGUAAGAUCCUUUUUUUAAGCAUAAAAACAUCA